UCUACCCUUAUGAGCUGUUCGGUUUUUUUUAUGUUGCUAUGCGUGCUAUCUUCCUCUCGUGACCUCCGAACUUGCAUCUCCAGAUCUGCUUCACCCUCCUCUGCUUCACCUCCCGAGCUAUACACACCUAGCACUGAUCAGUUGAUCUCUACCUCAAUUGAAGCACGAAGAUCUCCACGUUCAAGCACCAAGAUCUUCACCUUUCAAUCUUGCAUCCAGCAUUCCCUGCUCAGAAGCGGUUUCUCCUUGUCACUUCUCGAUCUCCACCAUGUCUACCAGAUUUGAGGUUGCCGUCAUUGGAUCUACUCCCAUCGACUGUCCUUGGCAAAUGAGCUGCCCUUGUUUUAUCAAUUGCUGUUGCUAUUACCAUGGGGAGAAUCCCCUUUAUGAAAAAUUUAGACAAAAAGGGUUGAGGUUUGCAAGGGAAUUAACCUUCAUAUUUAGGGAUGUCCUUGCAAUUGGGGAGACACUAUCUGUGCCAUCUGCUACCCAAACCCAAAUAGAGGAUGAUGAUGAAGAUGUGUACCACCCCACCAUUGACCUUUAAGAAGGAUUCAAUGAUAGUAAAGAGGAGUUAAAUUUAUAUGACACUGCAACACCUAUAGGGGCACUGAUGAGUUGUAAGGCUUAAAUGUCACCACAAAUACCGGUGGAACCAAUGUUAAUAGAAGUCAAGGCAAGAGAAAGAGGGUUGUAGGAGAUGGUGGGAGGAAAAAGCAAAAAGUCUUUGCCUUAAUGAAAAUAGCAGAUGCAAUGAGUGAAAUAGCUAAGGAUAAUAGAGUUAGAAUAGAGACAGUAAACAAGAUUUUGGCAAAUGAUAUAGGAGUUUUUGAGGUUGUAGCUCACCUAAAUGAACUUUCAGAAGUUUUUGGUAAUAAAGAUUUGCAUUGGAGAUGUGUCAAUCUUAUUCUAUAGAAGCCUAUGCGAGAUGCUUAUUGGCAACUUAAAGACCAUUUUGAUCACUUGGUCAAUUGGUUGAAGCACCAAGUCUACCAUCUACCAGAUUUUAUUUCAAAGAAUACAUCAAGAUGAAUUUUUAUCUAGGCUUAUGAUGACUUGACUGGUGUUUUUUUUUUUUUUACUUAAAGACUACUUGUAGUUGCUUUUGGUUGACUUGUACUUCGCUAUGCUUAU